AGCAGCAGGGCGAGCCCGGCCUUCCCGAUGGAGCAUCGUCGCUUUCCGCUGGUGAAGGAGAAAGCCGCGGAUGAGUCGCCCUGGGCGGGCCCACAGAGAGCACCGGCUUCCUGCCCUCAUUCACUUUAACAUUGCACACUCACUUCAGCUGCUGCUGUUGCACUGCCUGCUGAUGCCAGAGGUGGAGCUUCUCACCAACCACAGAACCAUCAGACUUUCCACUUGCUUCUCUCUCCAUCUGGUAUCUGUUUGCACAAUGGAUUCAGCUCAGCCAGUCCUGGAGCCGGCCAGUGUAUAAGGAGGGCAGGCCGGUAAUAAAGCAGAAGAGCUUUGCUGGGUGUUUAAUUGUAGGCUCUUUGGUCAUCUAACCAGUUCCACAGAAUUGCCCUGAGACCCAUCCCAUGCCAAGCAGUCACCGGACGGCUGUCUCAUCGGAGCUAAGGCAGAGGAUACUAGGAGCUGAGAUGACCACUUGCUUUCCGUUUGAAGCAAACUUUCCCCCAGUUCCAGCUUCUUGUUGUUUCUUCGGGGAAACUUCCAAGCAAGCCAGGGAGCCCCACCAAGCCGGAGUUGGAAACUUGAUCCUGGUGAGUCACGGGGAGUGACUUUUGGAAAAGAAACAGGAGUAAGAAUCACUCUGUGGGCACCACGGUCUGCCAGAGGCAGUCAGCUGAGGAGCGAGAGCCUGCUGCAGCAGCGAAAUGGGAAUAUGAUAUAAGGUGACCCUCCUCUGGGGUGCCUCCAGACUCAAAGCUGCUUGGAAAAGGACUCUCUCCCAUUGGUGGUAGGCUGUCAUCCCCAAUGUGCCUGCCCUCUCAGGGGAGAAAUGAAGCAGGAAUGAACUCUGCGGAUGGAGCGUGGCCGCGCUCUCCUUGGAAGCCAGGUUCAGGGAAGCAUGGGGGGCGGAGGUCACCCCCUCCAUCUCUGCACGCCGUUCCCCUCGUGGCCACUGUGUUCGUCUGGUUGGUCACCGGCACGACCAUGUCCAGCCUCAACAAAUGGAUCUUCGCUGUCCACAAUUUCCGGUACCCUGUGCUGCUGUCAUCCCUGCACAUGCUGACCGCUGUGGUGGUGGGCAAACCUUUGGCCAGGCUCCGGGCUGGGGGGAGUGGGAACCCCACACUUGGCCCUGAGGCCAAGGCCCGGGUGUUCCUACUCAGCUUGACUUUCUGCGCCAGCGUGGCUUUUGGGAACUUGGGUCUCAACUAUGUGCAGCUGGACUUUGCUCAGAUGGUGUAUACCACCACGCCGCUCUUCACUCUGACCCUCUCCAAGGUGCUGCUGGGGAAGCACCACCACCCGCUGCAGUACGCAGCCAUGGGGCCCGUUUGCUUGGGUGCCUCCUUGAGCAUCAUCGGAGAGGUGCAGUUCGAUCAAGCUGGGUGCUGCUUCCUCUUUGCUGCUACUUUCCUCCGUGGGCUGAAAUCCAUCCAGCAGAGUACACUGCUGCAGGAGGAGCGGAUGGACUCUCCUACUCUGCUGUGCCUGACCUCCUUGCCCAGCUUCUACAUCCUCUUCACGGCCGCCGUCUUGCUGGAAGUUGGCCCCUCCUGGGAUGGCACGCUGACCUCCAGCAACAGCCUCUGGCUCUGCAUCCUGCUGAGCUGCCUGGGCUCGGUGCUUUACAACCUGGCCAGCUUCUGCGUCAUCUCGCUGACCUCCGCCCUCACCAUCCACAUCCUCGGGAACUUUAACAUUGUGGGGAACCUGCUGCUCUCCCACGUGCUCUUCGGGAGCCACCUGACUUUGCUGGGCUACGCGGGCAUCACCCUCACCCUCGUAGGGGUCUUCAUGUACCAUCACUGUGACCGCAUCGCCAGCUGCUGCCAUUCCUUGGGCAGGCGAGCCAAGCGAGACUGAACUGGGACUCCUGUCAGGCUGGCCGGGACUGCAGCUGCUCAGCCCUGAUUGAAAGAGGAGACCAGCUGAGGCUUUGUGUUUAAAUAGGGCACUUGAUCCGCACAGGUAGCGUCCCAGUUUAAACAAGGCCUCCUCGUGCAAGGGCAAAAUCCCUGCAGGUGAUUUAGUUUCCCUCAGCCAGCAUCACGGUUAAAUCCCACCUGAGCUCUGUUCAAGCACACGUGUCUGUCCUCUACCAAAUACCGUAUUAGCUGCUCUUGCAGCCUGCAGGAGAGAGGGCAGUGCUGAUUAGUGGCUAGAAGAGUGUUGAAAGGGUUUAGCCUCCCCAAAUAAUUAACCCUCAAGUUGCCUGACACUAUUACACUGGGCAGGAGCAAGAGGGCUCUGAGAAAUACCUCCUUUGCCUGCUGCAACUGAAGAGCAGCGUGCUUGAAUUCUCCCCCACUUGUUUAAAAACCUCUUUACCUACGGAAAGUUCACUUGUCAGGGAGGAUCGUUUGAGCACAUUCUUCUUGGCAUGCUGCUUUUCUGUAUGCAAAGUCUCCUCCCUCCCCCCCCCCCCAAGCAAGACAGUGUUCCCAGCUCUAUUCCCAGGGACAGCAUGUUGAAGCCACAGAGGUAGCCACCUGCUCCCUUGUCCUAGUUCAGAGGUAAAAGUGUGGAUUAUUGAAAAGGAAUUGGGAAGGGGGAAGGCAUCAACCAAAGGCACAGAAUUAAGCUGCCAUGUGCAGCAUGGAGGUAAGGUUAGCUAUUACACAAGACUGGCAAAAGGGUUUGGGGGGGGAGGUUUAAUGUUAGGAGUCCGAAGUUCUGUCUGGCACUUCUGAUUCCUGCAAGCUACAUGGCAGCUGUACUCAUCCUGGCUUCUUUCUCCACCAGCUGAUACAGCAGCCUGAAGGAAUUGUGGUGUUGGUGCACAGUAUUCCUUUCCUUGGAUGCUGCUCCCUGUCUCUCCCAUUUAUAUUAAAGCACUGAUACAGCUGUGUGGAGAAACCCCCACGUAGGAACAUGCCCCGGUAGAUGAAGUAUUGCACAAGGUCAGGGGGCUCUGUUCCUGCUCGCUGCUGCCAUCUGCCAGGUGGAAAGUCUAGUGUAAUGGUAUCUUGUUUGUACGUUUGCCCUCUGCUGGGCAGAGCAAAUUUAAUGUCUCUGUGCAUGCCUACGUGGGCAUGCCUGCCCAUCUCUUGCAGUCCUUGCAUGGAUGGGAUUCGCCUCUGGCCUCCUUGGAGUGGGUGUUCCUUCACUACUUUGCUCUGCUGGACAGAGCACAGCAGCCCCAUGGGCUGUGUAACUGGUUGUUUUUACCAUUUUGUGUGGAGUUUUCGAGUAUGCUUCCACGUUUUGUUUUCUGCCCAGAAUGGAAUACGUAAGACGCUUGCCUUUGUGUGAUUACUGGGUGAAUGGAGACUUUGGGGCCUGAGUGAAUGCAUUAUAGAUCCAUUCUGCCUACACACACACACAGACACUGUUGACUGCCAUCUUCUUUCAAAGGCCAUCUCUUCAACCCACUGGUGUGGUGUGGUCUUGUCAGUAUUACUGUCCACAGAGUGAAAGAUUAUCGGCUACAACACAUUCUGAAGUAAUAAGGGCUGCUCUACACAUGCAGAUAAAUCAGAUUCUUUGGCUUACCAUUUCAUUCUGCUGAUGGUGGGCUGCAUGUUUGAAUUCUGCCCAUUUUUAAAAAAUGGAAAGCUAGCAUGUCAGGGAAUGGCUUCCAGCUUUCCUCCUGAUGUGUUAGUUUCUACAUGCAAGGAGGUUCUCCACACAAACACAGGAGAGAGUUCAAGUACACAACUCCCUCCUGCCCACCUGCAGUUUGAAAUGUAACUCUGGGUCACAUGAUUUAUUUGCAAGCGUAAAAUCCCCCUUUUCUUUUAAGAUGUCUUUUCAUUUCCCUCUUUCGGCUCCAGGCCAUUUCACACAUUACAUUUCCUCCAAACUGCUGUUUGGAAACUGUCCCAGCAUUGGUUUGUCAUUGUUGUAUGGGCAAAGGCUACCUGACAUGCUACAUUCAACAGUGCACAAGAAAUAGGCUAUGUGCUUAAACGCCAUCCAUCCAUCCUGUGCAUGAGAUUUCUUCAAGGAGGUCAGGGUUACUGGGGAGGUGGAAGGGGUCAUUGUUCGUGUAGCUUUCAAACUCGGGCAUAUGUGCAUUUCCUUUCUUGGAUUUAGGGGGAAACCUAAUGAAUGAACUGACCCUGCUGUGCCACUCUAGUUGAGGACUAAGCUGCUAGGUAAACAGAUGACCAUUGUAUAGCCAGCCACUAUCACAUUCAACAAGAAUGACUAUGCUUAAGCGACAAGUGUUUUCUCCAGUAUUCAAGUCAUUGUUUUCUAGUAAGCUGUGGGGGAUGGGGAGUGUUGCCUGAGACAUUAUCUGUCCAUCUCCCAUUUUGUUGCCCAUAAGCAGCCACUGGCUGGGGAGGCCAUAGACUUUCCACUUGACAAAAGGACGGUGAUUGGCCAGAACAGUAUGGCCAGCCUGCGGAAGGCCAGAAAACCAGCUUUGAUGAAGACUGGAGCAUCAAUGGCUCUUGGAUGUCAAUGUUUACUGUCCUAUUUGGUUUUGGGAUGACUGUGGAAAGGGAGCAACCCUUUCUCCUCCUCCCCAAAGCGCCAGCAUGGGAGUUCAGCACUCUGGUCCCUUGCUAGAUUUCUAGAGCAGCAACUGGCCUUGGGGAACUGGUUCCCUUAAUCCUAGCUGCUCCCAAGGUGUGAUGGGAGUUGCCAUCAUUGAGGAAUUAGAGGAUGGAGGUGUCACCUUCUCUGACUGUGCGUGUGGUUUGGCGUCUUCUUGGAUUGUAUCCAUCCUGUUUCAUGAAUCACAAAUGCUCCCACCCCCCCUUUCUUUGUAAGUAAAUAUGUAUUGUGCCAUUUGUGAUGGUGGUAAAGCCCAGCUCCCCUCCUCCUCCUCCUGGCACCACAAGUGCACAAAUGAGGCCAGGCCGGCAUCUCCAAUUACGUUUGCCCUUCAAAUAAAAGUUCUAUUUUUGUC